GGAUAGCACAAUUUUAACAUGAGCACCUGUGGCCUAAUGGAUAAGGCGUUUGACUUCUAAUCAAGCGAUUGUGGGUUCGAGUCCCACCAGUCUCGCAAACCAGAGUCGUCGAAAACCAGUUGAAAUAGCCGCCGGAGUUAUUCAUUGUCGCAAUAAAAAAGCAAUUUACCGGCCAUUCAAUUGACACCACAGUAGAAAACUCACACAACAAGACUCAACAAUGCUGGGAUUUUCAUAUGGAGAAAUAUUCUUAUUGCUGGGAGCCACUGCGGCUCUGCUUGGUUUGGUUCAUGCUAUUCUUACUUAUCUUUAUCAUAUCGAAAUUUUAGUACCAAUAGAUCUAAAUUGUUUAACCGGAAAAUCAAUGUGCAAUAGGUCCAAAGGAUUUGCCAAUCAUAACCAGAACAGCUGGGAGGAUGGCUGGCCGGGCUAUUGCAUAUGUACAAUUGGCCCGGGGACACGUUGGAUCUGUUAUACAGCAAUCUCAAGCUCGCCAGCUUCAUAACGAACUUCGGGAUAUGAUGGCACAAGUAGAUGCUAUUCAACAUGAAGUUCGAAGUCUAUCAUUCAUAAAUCCUGGCCCUUUAACUCGCAGGCUUGAUAAUCUCGACCAGCCAUCCAUCUUAAAUGGUGGAUAUGCAAACAACAGGAUAUCGGAAGGUGCUGGGGUGAAUCUCUCAAUAUCGUCUCUUACCAAGGAUUCAACUCCAUUGCCAUCCAAUUCAUUCAAUAUGCAAAGCAAAGCAACUACUUAUGCCAGGUUGGCCGAGGCCCCUUCCAUCAAGAAUGGUUCAUUGGCAAGUAGUGCUGAAGUUGAGAAGAUUAAAGAUGGUUUGCAGCUUAUUGUCAUGCCAGUUUCCGCUGAAAGUACUGGACUCUUACCAAAUCGUGGUGGAGCUGAUGUGAAAGGAUCUGACAUGGUUCAAGAAGCAAUUUUGGAAGCAGAGGUAGCUCAUAAAGCAAAGGAGUUCUUUUCACAGCCCGAAAAUCAAAUAUGAUUGAUAUAGUAUUCCUAUAUAAUACCUUAAUUUUGUAGAUGUUAGCAUUUGUAGAUUCACAAUGAUACCUAUUUAGUCUAUAUUUUAUCUUGAAGGUAUUGGUUGAUGCAUUGUCAUUUCUUUAAGUUUCUAGUUCUUGUUCCUCAGGACAGAAAAUCUAAAGGAUUGUUUGUGCUCUAACAAUUUUAAGAUAUUAUAUCUCAUAUUGAUGCCA